AUGAAGCGCAAAACCAAGUCAGCAAAAUACGUUGAAGACUCAGAGGAGGAUGUCUUCGACGCAUACGAUGAUGAGGACCUAGAUGGCGGGGAUUCUGCAGAAGAAGUAGCUCCGAAGAAGAAGGUGAAAGCUGCUGCACAGCAGGGGGCAACAAAGGUUAAGGAUCCCACCAAACAGUCCAAAGAGGGCGAAAACGACUCGAAAACUGGAAAGGAUGGAGAAUAUGUUCUUCCUUUGGAUGGGAAGAAAAAACUGACUGUCCAGAAGUUCAAGAACCUUACCCUGAUUGGGAUACGUGAAUUUUAUACGGAUAAAAAUGAUGGAAAAGAAAAACCUGGAAAGAAAGGAAUUGCGAUUUCUCCCGCUGCUUGGACAACAUUGAAGUCCCAUAUAGCAGACAUUGAUGAAGCUAUCAGCAAGUUAGAGAGCUAGUAGCAAGCGAGGACUCAUACGAUCUACUGAUAUACAUAAUGCAUGUAAAUUUGCUCACUGACACGAUGCGUAGGCUGUCGGACGUCGGAAACCUCUGAAUCACCCAAGCACGACUCCACCCGUGUUCAAAGCACAGUUUUCAUUGUAUCACAUUUCAUUGACUCAGUUCAAUCAAUAUAAUCGAAGCCGUCUUCAUCCCA